GAAGAAUAAGAACGACGGUAACUAAAGAAGAAGACGAAAAACCAUUAGUGAUGGAGCCUGUUUACCUUGUAGAAACACUACAUGAUAAAGGUGAGUGUUAUGACGCUGAUGUCACCUCAUGGGUGUCGGUGUGCCCCAGAGGCCUCUGGAAAGUCCAGCGAAAACAAACUCAAGGGUGGAGUCAACAAACAGUUUCUAAUUCAGGAAAUGUUAAAGCAUGUUCCUCUGAUUACUGUCCAAGGUUGGGUUCACUGUGUCGAGUUCGAGUGCAGCUGAAAGUUAAUACAGAUGAGGCUGAAAAAAGAGAUGAGAAAUUGUCGUUCACUGAUGUUGCAGAAUUAGUGGCCACGCCUUUUCUCAGGCAUCAAGAGUCUGUGCUGCAGCUCCCGUUGGGAGAUUGGACAACACUGAGGCUUGGGGAGGGUCAGUGUGAUAUCACAGAGACUUGUUUGGAAGGAAUGCGAGCUGGAGAGAUAUGUGAGAUACUACUUACUCCAUAUGGAGGUGGACCAGAUGUCUCUGUUUCCCUACCUUCAGAUGGAAACCUUCCUUUAUGUGCUACUGUUGAACUCCAAGCUUUCACACCAGGAAAAGAAUCAUGGGAGGUGUCUGCCAGUGAAAAAUGGAAGUGGGUGAAGUCACACAAAGAGAGGGGAGGAAUUAGAUUUCGGAGUGGGGACAUUUGGGGAGCUACGGACAGCUACAGGCGAGCCCUCAAGCUCCUCAUCCCUCUUUGUGGCCUCAUUAAAGAGGCUGAGACAAAGGAACAUGAGUGUGAAGUGGAGGAGCAGAGAGACACAAACACUACUGAUGAAACACAACAGUUUCCUUCAGCUGAUGAAUUCAGAGUCAUCAAAGCUGAGCUUCAUUCCAACUUGUCUCUGUGCCAGCUGAAAUUGAAGCAGCCAGAGCGAGCUAAGGCCAAUGCCACCAAAGCCACUCAGCUAGAAGCUGGUGCUGUGAAAGCCUGGUACCGGCUGGGCCAGGCAUGUCAGAUGCUGAAUGAGCUGGAGGAAGCCAAAAGGGCAUUUAGGACACUGCUGGAUUUACAACCAGAACUACCUGCAGCUGUAAAGGCGCUUAAAGAUAUAACAAUUAGAGAGAAAGAGAGAAAUGCACAGCUAGGACUGAGAUUAAGCAAAAUGUUCAAUUAAAGAUGGGAUAUAAUCAAUACAAUUUGUUUGUUUGUUUUUUUCCCCCCAUGAUUCACCAUUAAAUCUAAACACAUUUACAACACUGCUUCUUAGUCUCAAAGACCACAAUCUGUAGAUGUGUGGGCUUCCACUAUUUACUACUAUGGCAUUGAGUUGCCUGAAUAUAACUAAAGAAAUUAUAUAUGUAAAACGUGAUAUUUUUCUUUAAUGUAGUAAUAAAGAUUUGACAUGAGCUCACUGUGUAGCAUGAGAACUUGUGGAAGUAAAAAAAUUUUAUUUUGCAGUUUCAAAUGUCAACCACAAGGUGUCCCCAGCCAUUUAAUUAUAGGUGUAAAACAAAAUGCCGAAACCCGGGAUCGAACCAGGGACCUUUAGAUCUUCAGUCUAACGCUCUCCCAACUGAGCUAUUUCGGCGCGACUAUGUAAUCACAUGGCGUAAAGUGGAAUAAACAAAUGUGGGAAAUCGCG